UAACCAUUAAUGAGCAACCAACCAACUCCAUUGUUGCUUAUUAGCAGGAGAAAUGGAAUAAAGAAGAAGAAGAAGCCAUUAACAAGUCCUCUCCUCGAGAAUAGCAAAAAAAUAUUCUCAGCCACCAGAUUCAUAUAUAAUCCUCAACCGAUGAUGACGCCACUUUCCUUCAAUUUUCCCUCCACUCAUCAAUUUCCCUAAUUUUUCCCCACCCGCGAAGCAAUGCAGCUGCUCCAAACCCUAAUUCCGCCAUCCUCCUCACCCACCGCCGUUGCAGCGGCGCUACCUGUCGCUUUCGCCUCCUUUCUCGUCAUCUACAUCCUCGGUUACUCUUUGGUCUUCCGCCACUGGCCGUCCGGUGCUCGCUCCGAGGCUUCCAGCUGCCUGAUCUCUUUGUUUCACGGCACCCCGGCCGUGUUCCUUGCCUCCUUCGCAAUUUACUCCGACUCCGAUCGCGGGUUCGCAGCCACCAACACCCCCUUUCAAUCCGCCGUGCUUGAUUUCAGCGUUGCAUAUUUCUUCGUCGAUUUGCUCCACUACGUGUUCUUCUUCUCGCCUGGCGAUGCGCUCUUCAUCGGGCACCACUUGGCUACUCUGUUUGUGUUUCUCACGUGUCGGUACCUCGUCGGCCACGGCGCGUUCGCGAUAUUGACCCUCUUGGUCCUCGCUGAGGUCACCAGCUUUUGCCAGAACGUGUGGACGCUGGCCGGGGUGAGGAAGGGAGAUUCCAAGCUCGCCGCGAGGGUGUAUCGUUUGUUGUCCCCGCCGUUCUAUGCGUUCUACUCCGUCGUCCGUGGGGUUCUGGGGCCGGUGUUUAUGUAUAAGAUGGGGGAGUUUUAUUGGAGUGGGGUGGCAGAUGGUGUUGUCCCCAGGUGGGUUUGGGUUUCCUGGAUGGUGGUUGUGAUUGGCGCCAUCUCUGUUAGCAUCUUGUGGAUUAUCAACUUGUGGGUGGAAUUGUACAGAGAAAGGAAGGUGGAUGGUAGACUGGAGAAGAAGAAAGACAGGGUAUAUGAGAAUGGAGGAUUCAUUGUCAGAUAGGACGGUGCUAGGAACUUAUCUUGGUUUCUAUAACCUCAAGAAUCAGAAACUGGCCAUUUCCUUGUGAUAACUCUUAGGCUUGAUAAGCUGAAGAUGCCAGAUUGGAUACUGUCCGAUUUAUGAUGUUGCCUUUGCUAUCAAACGGAAGAUAACGUG